AUGUUCAGGGAAGUUCCCUUGACUCACAUAUCGAGUUUUGUGUCGAUCAGACAACCCGCCAGCGCCCAAGGGCAGGGGCCAGCCCACCACCGGGGGGGAGCAGAGCCCCCCACAGACCGCCCACCGGGGAGGCACGGCCAGAUACCCACCACAGCCACCCCCACCGCCCCCCAGAAGCCAACCGCACGCCCCCUAGCCCAGGGAGGGACAGGCGGAGGCCCAUGUAGGGCCACCAGCCAAGGGGGCCCCCAGAGACGGAAGAGAGGCAGACUCCCGAGACUCCCCACGUCCAGCGACGCCUCCUGGCCACCGCUGCCGCCCUCACCCAGACUGCCAGUCCCAACACGGCCGGGGGGUGAGCAGGAACCGGGCGCUCAGGAGCGCACCCAUGACCACCACCCCCCACCCCAGCCCACUGGGUCCCCAAAGCAAGGCGGCCCCCCGUGUGCCUCCCACCAUGCCCCCCCAAGGGACGGAGGACGCACAAGUCCGCCCCAGAGUGCAGCAGGGGCACAGCAGCAUGCACCGCCAGAUCCCAGGGGGGCCGCAGUGCGGCGCCAGCCCAGCCCGAGCCCACGGUCCAACCCCCCCAACCUCCACGGGCCCCCCCACAAAUUCACCCAGACCCCCGUAGGGCAGACCCACAGCCACCGAGGGAUGGUAGACCCAGGGCCACCAACCCACACAGACCACCAGACAUCCCCAGCACCCCAGAUGCACAGCCCGCAGCACCACAGACCGACCAGGGAAGACACAGUCACCAACCCGCCCUAG